UAUACAUUGAACUUAAAGAGUUUUAAUCCUCUACAUUAACCCCCACCGUAAGCCUCCAUCGUCUUCCCCAUAAGACCUUCCACAGUUUCCCCUUCUCUCUCUCAUAUCUCAAAAAGUUUGAAUCUUUCUGAAAACCCUAUUCUCCUUUUUGCCCUAUUCCUCUAGGGUUCUUCUCCGUUUCAUGAAUCUAACUCUUCUUCGACCUCAAUUCAACACCGUCUCUGCUCUGUUCAUCGUCGUCUUCUUCCUCUUCGAAUCAUGUCUGGGAUCUUCAGCUUUAGUGGUGAUGAAGAUUUUUUCAAUGGGGGAACGAUGCAUCUGUCUCCAGGGAGCUGUCCCGGCGUCUAUCUCCCACCGCGCAAGAGACUACGCGUCGCCGCACCGUCACUCUACAGCGCCUUUAACCAAAAGCAAACUUCAAUCGAAGUUUUACCCGAUGAGUGCCUAUUCGAGAUCCUUAGACGCUUACCCUCUGGCAAAGAGAGAAGCGCGUGCGCUUGCGUCUCCAAGCAUUGGCUCAACACUCUCACUAGUAUCAAAGCGAACGAGUCUGUUCAAGAAGUGGAGAGUGAAGGGUUCUUGUCAAGGAGCUUGGAAGGUAACAAAGCUACGGACUUGAGGCUUGCAGCUAUCUCUGUCGGGACGUCAGCCCGCGGCGGGUUAGGGAAGCUUCAAAUCCGCGGAAGUGGGUUUGAGAGUGAAGUCACAGACGCUGGUAUUGAAUCAAUUGCAUAUGGUUGUCCUUCUCUUAAGUCUCUGUCUCUUUGGAAUCUCCCUGCGGUUAGUGAUAAGGGUUUGUCCGAGAUCGCACGGUGUUGUCCGAAGCUUGAAAAACUCGAUCUGUCGCGGUGUCCUGGAGUGACAGACAAGGGUUUGGUCGCAAUAGCCGAGAACUGCCGGAAUCUAAAUGAUCUGACGAUUGAUUCUUGCUCUGGCGUCGGCAACGAGGGGUUAAGGGGGAUUGCGAGACGGUGUAGUAGUCUAAGAUCUAUCUCUUUGAGGAGCUGUCCUCGCGUUGGAGAUCAAGGAGUUGCGUUCCUUUUGGCGCAAGCUGGCUCUUACUUGACGAAAGUGAAACUCCAGAUGGUGAAUGUAACGGGCCUGUCUCUUGCUGUUCUUGGACACUAUGGAGUUGCGGUUACUGAUCUUGUGCUUAGUGGGCUUCAAGGAGUGAAUGAGAAAGGCUUCUGGGUCAUGGGAAAUGCUAAAGGGAUGAAGAAGCUCAAGUCCUUGUCAGUAACGUCGUGCAGAGGGAUGACUGAUGUUGGGGUUGAAGCUGUUGGAAGUGGCUGUCCGGAUCUGAAGCAUGUCUCUCUGAACAAGUGUCUGCUUGUUUCCGGCAAAGGGCUUGUGUCUUUGGCGAAAUCUGCGGCGUCUUUAGAGAGUUUGAAGCUUGAGGAGUGCCACAGGAUCAACCACUUUGGUUUCUUGGGGUUUCUCAUGAGCUGCGGCGCGAAGUUGAAGGCUUUCUCUUUGGUUAACUGUCUGGGGAUCCAAGACUUGAACUCAGAAUCACAUCUUACAUCAACCAGCUCCUUACGGUCUUUAUCAGUCCGUUGCUGUCCUGGGUUUGGGGAUGCAAGUCUCACCUUCUUAGGGAAGUUCUGCCAUCAGCUUCAGGACGUUGAGCUUUGUGGAUUGAACGGAGUUACAGACGCUGGUGUCCUCUCUUUACUUCAGAGCAACAACGUUGGUCUAGUGAAGUUGAACUUAAACGGAUGUGUUAAUGUAUCAGACAACGCAGUCUCUGCAGUUUCUUUCUCCCACGGAAGCACGCUGGAGUCUCUUAGCCUUGAUGGGUGCAAGAACAUCACUGAUGCAAGCCUUGUCACAGUAUCCAAGAACUGCUACUCAGUAAACGACCUUGACGUGUCAAACACUUUGGUAUCAGAUCAUGGGAUCAAGGCUUUGGCGUCUUCUCCCAACCACUUGAAUCUUCAGGUUCUCUCUCUUGGUGGCUGCUCUGGGAUCACAGAUAAAAGCAAGGCGUGUAUACAGAAACUCGGCCGCACGCUCUUGGGAUUGAACAUUCAGAGGUGUGGUAGGAUCAGUAGCAGCACUGUGGAUAGUCUUCUGGAACAGCUAUGGCGGUGUGAUAUACUUUACUAGAUAGAUACCUUUCUGCAAAAGUACUUAGGUUCUGGUCGGUAAGCCCCUAAUAGAUUUCACCUAGAACUUAGUUUCUUUCUCAGGACGCAGCAGCUGGUUUUUUUUCUGCAAAUUUUUUGGCAGGUUCUUGAGCCUGUUUCCACAACUGUUGUGUUCCUGGGAAUCUUGUUACUGAGUUCUGGUAAUCUAGUUAGGGUUGUUUAACCUUUACUGUCUUUUUGGAGUUUGUUGUUGUCUCUCUAUGUUCUUGUGGGAGUACUUGUUCUUUGGUUUAGGUUUGUGAUGGUAGUGCCUUUAUCUUUCCCUAUGUAGAGCUUUUGGCAGUGGCGGUGUAUCUUCUUAGUCGCCAUUACAUCUCUUAGGAGUUGUUUUUUUGUGUGUUCUGCCAAAAGCUAUGUUUUUCCACUUUGUUUUUUUUUUGUUUAAGGCACUGUCUGUACUACUUGUACUACUGAUUAUUGUAUAAGCUUCCACUGAACAUACUACUAUCUUUUGUAAUAGAACAUGUUCCUCAGAUCA